UACUACAAAUCCAGACGACAACAACUACAAUUAUCCCCGGAAUAUGGCGCCCUUUCGUGGAAGAGGCGGAAUGCGCGGUCAAAGCCGCGGUGGUUCCAGAGGCGGCCGGGGCGGUUCGCGCGGCGGGCGCGGUGGGAGAGGUGGACGCGGUGGGCGAGGCGGCACAAGAGGCGGGAAGAGAAACGACUUUGCCGCUGCAAGAGUGCAGGAUCCCGUUGCGGAUGGAAACGAGCAAGUCUCCGCGUCUGAAUCCGAAAGCGAGCCCGAAUACAGCGACGGUUCCUCCAGCGAAGAGGAGGAAGCGCAACCCGUCUCGAAUGCCUAUCACUCCCUACUGGCCUCCUUCACCGCCAACAAUGCGAAAACAAGCCAAGAGGAACCACGGCGGAAGCGACGGAAGCUUGAUCACAGCGUGCGUCCGCUGCAAGAACAAGUAGAACCAAAGAUGUAUGAGGACGGAGACCCCAAUUCGAAGGAACACUACAAAUUGGAGGGCAUCAGCAAGACUGGCUCCGUUGUGGGUGUCGAGAAUUCCGAAAUAGAUGAGCACGAAGAGGAGGGAUCGGACGAGUCGGACGUGGAAUCUCUGCAUCCAGAUCACGAGCUGGAUGCCCAACUUGAGGAUGAAGACAACGAGGGCGAUGAAGUCGACUCUUUCGGCAUUCAUUUUGAUCGACCGGAUGAUAAUGAGCUAGCGAUGCGGAUAAAGGCCAUAUCAGCGAAUCAAUGGACAACGCAAAAGCUGGAUACUGGAGAUGGAGGCAGAGGUUCAUUGCAGAUUCCCGGCGCGGUCGAAGGGGUGGCAGCCAGACGGAAGGUAAAGAGCGUACAGGACCUGCGACUGAAGGGACGACUCGUGGCCACUGCAGAGAAGGCUUUGGGCAACUUCAACGCUGUUGAGCAAGCCAUCGCACCUUCUCUUUUCGACUACCAGGAUGUUCUGUUUGGCGCAAGGACGGUGCAAAACGCUGGGAGGGUACGCGACAUGUGCUGUCUACACGCGCUGAAUCACAUCCUGAAAACCAGGGAUCGCAUAUUGAAGAACAACUCUAAGUUGGCGGCAGCGUCGGACAACGAUGAUGCAGAGUACCGCGACCAGGGUUUCACGCGUCCGAAGGUACUGUUCCUCCUCGAGACCAAAGAAGCAUGUGUCCGCGUCCUGGACUCCCUUACCAAGCUCCACGAAUUCGAGCAACAGGAAAACAAGAAGCGCUUCAUCGAGAACUUCUCCGCAAGCGACCACAUUUUCUCAGACGACAAGCCGGAAGACUUCCGCGAGCUCUUCGAGGGUAACGACGAGAACGAGUUCCGCAUCGGCGUGAAGCUGACCCGCAAAACAAUGAAAUACUUCUCCAAAUUCUACGCUUCAGACAUCAUUUUCGCGUCCACGCUCGGCCUCCGCCGCGCCAUCGAAUCUAAUGAAAAGAAGAAGAAAGAUUACGACUUCCUCUCCUCCAUCGAGCUCGUCAUCAUGGAACAAGCCGACGCAACCCUCAUGCAAAAUUGGGAACAUGCCGAAUUCGUGUUCCAGCACCUGAACCUCCAGCCCAAAGAAACACACGGCUGCGACUUCUCCCGCGUCCGCUCCUGGUACCUCGACGGCCACGCCCCACACAUCCGCCAGACCGUUGUCCUCUCCGCGUACCUCGCCCCAAAGAUAAACACCCUCUACAACAAGUAUAUGCGCAAUUUCGCAGGGCGCCUCAAAUACACGCCCUCCUACGACACCGGCGUCAUCGAGACACUCCCUUACGGUAUCAAGCAGACUUUCGCGCGCUUCGACUCCCCCUCGUACGUCACCGACCCCGACGCCCGCUUCAAGUACUUCACCUCUAGCGUGCUCCCCAAAAUCCUCAAGACGCCGAAGCCCUCGGAAGGCGGAAUUGGCGUCCUGCUCUUCAUUCCCUCGUACCUCGACUUCGUCCGCGUGCGCAACGCCCUCGUAGAUAUCGACAUCUCGUACGCGUCGAUAUCGGAGUACACGGAUACCACGGACGUACGGCGGGCGCGGUCGCACUUCAUGAGCGGGCGGCACUCACUGUUGAUCUACACGGGACGCGCGCACCACUUCCACCGGUACUCCAUCCGCGGCGUAAAGAGGGUUGUAUUCUACGGCGUGCCUGAGAAUCCGAAGUUCUAUGAGGAGAUUGUGGGGUUUGUGGGGAAGACGGUUGAGCGCGGUGAGAUAUCGAAGAGCGAGGCGAAUGUGCGUGUGGUCUUUUCUAAGUGGGAGAGGUUGGAGUUGGAGAGAGUGGUGGGUGCAAAGAGGGUGGGGAAGAUGGUGGUAGAUAAGGGGGACUUGUUUGACUUUGUAUAGGGAGUUGGUGCAUGAUUGUACUUGUCGGGUGGUGACAUGGUAAAUGUGGAAUGCGAUAAGUGAGUCUAGGACAACUCGAGGCCAUUAUGUGUUUCGCGAUUUUGUGUUAUCGUACAUUCGUUGAUGUCGAAUGUAACACCCUUUGUAAUAUUAUUGCGGCUUCGAUUGGGGCUGGACGGUGGAAAUGUCCUGCUAUCGUCAUUGAAUGCAUUAUGGAGAGCCAUUACGAUGCAUCUCAAUCCG